GUUCCACCUCCCCGUGUCUCUCCUCGAAGUUCCAUGGUUCAGCAGAAGCGCGAUGAGCCGCCCGUCCUCUGCCGGACCCUGCGCUAGCAAACCCUGUGGCAAGCAAAAGCAGCCGCCGCCACCACCACCUCACGCUCCGUCGUUGCCCGCCACGAUUUCCGGCGGACCUGGUGCGUCUGCCCCUCCAGCCCCGACGGCAGCAGCAAUCACGGGCCCACUGUCCCAGCAGCACCAGGAGCUGACGUCGCUGUUUGAGUGUCCGGUCUGUUUCGACUAUGUCCUGCCUCCUAUCCUGCAGUGCCAGGCCGGACACCUGGUGUGUAAUCAAUGCCGCCAGAAGCUGAGCUGUUGCCCGACUUGCAGGGCCUCCCUCACCCCGAGUAUUCGGAACCUGGCAAUGGAGAAAGUGGCCUCCGCUGUCCUCUUCCCCUGCAAGUAUGCCUCUACUGGAUGCUCCCUAUCUCUCCAUCACACUGAGAAGCCAGAGCACGAGGACAUCUGUGAAUACCGGCCAUACUCCUGCCCUUGUCCUGGAGCCUCGUGUAAAUGGCAGGGAUCAUUGGAAAAUGUUAUGCAGCACCUUACACACUCCCACAAGAGCAUCACCACCCUUCAGGGAGAAGACAUCGUUUUCCUUGCAACCGAUAUAAACCUGCCCGGUGCUGUUGACUGGGUGAUGAUGCAGUACUGUUUUAACCAUCAUUUUAUGUUGGUGCUUGAGAAACAGGAGAAGUAUGAGGGACACCAGCAGUUCUUUGCCAUCGUCCUCCUAAUCGGCACACGAAAGCAAGCCGAAAACUAUGCCUACAGACUUGAACUUAAUGGAAACCGGAGACGCUUGACAUGGGAAGCCACCCCAAGGUCUAUCCAUGAUGGGGUAGCUGCAGCAAUCAUGAACAGUGAUUGCUUAGUUUUUGAUACUGCAAUUGCACACUUGUUUGCAGACAAUGGAAACUUGGGCAUCAAUGUAACCAUUUCCACAUGUUGUCCAUAAAGCCUGUUUUGUGAUUUCUGUAAAAAAAAAAGUUAGUUAUUUAAAUGGCUGUAUUUGAAUAUAGUACAGUUGGCUUUUUUUUUUUUUUUUUGUCUAAAAAUUGAUUUAAAGCAUUGUUUUGUAAAGACCCUACAUAUUCCCUUCAAUAUAUUUUUUAACUUUGGGAGUGCCAGAUGGGUGUUCAUUACCUUACCUUGCACACUCCUCUUGCACUUUAAGAGUUCAAGGCUCUAUGAACGUGUGAAACAUUGUAAGAUGACAUCAUACAAAUAUUUGUUCUAUUUUCUUAUAAAAUGGUUAAUGACAGCUUUGAUUGUGUAGCGCUGAUGUAUAGCAUAGUCAGAAAUCAUAAGCUUCAAAUAUUGCUCAUUGUCUUAAAACAAUCAAAAUUUGACAAAUAAGCAUUUUCGUGCUUUCUUCUUGCACUGACUAAAAAUAUUAUUUUCCCCAUAGACUGACUAUGGGUAGAGCUCAUUGUGUACACAGAGGUCUCCCUUUUUACUAAUUGGC